AUGGCCUUGGCCUUCGGAACGGCGGGCAGCUCCGCGCAGACAGACCGCUUGGGCACCGCCGUCGUGGGGCGGCUGUUCUGCCGCUGCGCCGGGCGCCAACACCGCGGCGAUCAGGCCCCAUCUGCGCCUUGGGCCCGUUGCCCCCAAUGGCCCGCGGCUGGGACGUCUGGCUCUCGGCUUGGGCUCCCUGAUCUGGAGUUUGUCGGGGGAGCGCCCGAGGCCCGCAGCCGCCUGGUGGCGUCGUCGAGCGCAGACCAGGUGGUCACGGAGGCCGGCGCAAAUGGGGCCCAGGCGACGGUUGGCAGGACGCCAUUCACGCCCAGGCCGCUCAUCAAGGACAUCAAGGGAGGCGCGGACGGAGGGUUGUCAAAUGUGGGCCAGACAUUCACAGUGUCUGGCUGGGUGCGGACUGUGAGGAGCCAGAAGUCAUUCGCCUUCAUUGAGGUCAGUGAUGGCUCAACACUGGCUGGGCUUCAAGUUGUGUUGGACCCAAAGACGACUGAAGGGUACAGUCUUGUGGAAGAAUCCCAAAUACACACAGGGGCAGCUGUUAGAGCAAUGGGUGAACUGGUUGCAUCACCAGGGGGAAAGCAAAAGGUAGAAAUACAGGCAAUAUCCCUGACAUUGCUGGGGCCCUGCGAUCCUGGGACUUACCCAUUGCAGAAGAAGCGCCACACGCUCGAAUUCCUCAGAGGUAUCGCUCACCUGCGUCCCAGGACAAACACGAUUGGGGCAGUCAUGAGGGUCAGGAGUGCACUGGCCAUGGCCACCCACACAUUCUUUCAAUCGCAAGGAUUCCAACUGCUCCACACUCCUGUUGUGUCCGCCUCCGACUGUGAAGGUGCAGGGGAAAUGCUCCAGGUUACUACGAUGAUGAGCACAGCCAUGCGUGGUGGCAGUGCCGAUGCAAAGGCAGCAGCCAACGUUGUGAAAACUGACCAGACAGGUCCUGGCCCUUCCCUGCCUGUAGACGAGUCUGGUGGCAUUGACCACUCUGAAGACUUCUUUGGGCGUCCCACCUUCCUCACAGUGUCAGGCCAGCUGAAUGCAGAGGCGUACGCUUGUGCGCUGGGUCGGGUGUACACAUUUGGUCCAACAUUCCGUGCGGAGAACUCCAACACCUCCCGCCAUCUGGCUGAGUUCUGGAUGAUUGAACCUGAGAUUGCUUUCGCUGACCUUGACGAGGACAUAUCGUGGGCUGAGGCAUAUGUCAAGCACUGCCUCCAGCAUGUUUUGGAGACCUGCAGUGAAGAUCUGGAGUUGUUUGAGAAGUUUUAUCAGAAGGGCCUGACGAAUAGACUACAGAGGCUGUCAAGCACACCUUUUGUACGCAUCACAUACACAGAGGCUGUCGACGUUUUGGCAAAGUCUGAGAAGGCCUUCGAGUUCCCCGUCACCUGGGGGGCAGAUCUUCAGAGCGAGCACGAGCGGUAUCUCACUGAGGUGGCGUAUGAAGGGAUUCCUGUAUUUGUCACAAACUACCCAAAGGACAUCAAAGCGUUCUACAUGAAGCUCAACGAAGAUGGACAGACUGUGGCUGCAGCUGACAUGCUGGUGCCAGGGGUUGGGGAACUGAUUGGAGGCAGUCAGAGGGAAGACCGAGUCGAGGUAUUGGAAAGGAGAAUGAAGGAGUGUGGCCUGAACUGCGAGGAGUACUGGUGGUACAUGGACUUGAGAAGAUAUGGCUCAGUCCCGCAUGCGGGUUUUGGUCUUGGUUUCGAGAGGUUCGUUCAGUUCGUGACUGGGAUGGAGAACAUUAGGGACGUCAUCCCUUUCCCUAGGUAUCCUGGCCAUUGCGAUUUCUAG